CCCGAUAACCGCCGCCCUUUUGGUGUCUCUGGCGGGGCCUACCAUCUGGUGCACCUUCACCAUUAUUUGCGAGAUCUGUUUCUUUUCUCUCUGCUUUAUCUUUUUUUUUUUUUUUUUUUGUCAUUGGCGCCACCAUCCCAUAUGCUCUUUGCUCUAUCUGGAUUGGUAUUCGAGUGAAAGUUGUGUUCUUCGUGCUGUUUCCUUAUCUGGGUCGCCUUCAGAUCUCUGUUGUCUUUUCUAAUUAAGUGUCGGUAUAAGCGCCCACCGUAAAUUUUGAAUCCGUGACGAAUACCCAUUUCCAGACGUAUUUAGACUUGGUAUUUUCUGUUUUGCAGAAGCGGUGAAGGAUUGAUUCAAGUGAGAAAGAAAUGAAGUUGGUUGUGUGCUCGCCAACUUCUGUAGAUGUCAAAAGCCCCUCUCACGAGGGUCUGUUGUGUGCCAAUGUGAACUUGGUACGGGCCUCGAAGCCCUUUUUGAAAGUUGGUUACUUUACUAAGAAUGGAAGUGUUGGAGAAUCUUACCGGAAUGGUAAGAAGUUGGUGGUAGCUAGCCAGGUUGUUCCUGGACGCUUGCAGGAGUCCUUCAUUGGGAAGAAUCAGCUACAGGAGCCUACUCGAGAGGUGGAAUUCGUGAGGACACUAUUGAUUGACAACUAUGAUAGUUACACCUACAACAUAUACCAAGAGUUGUCCGUUGUCAAUGGGGCUCCUCCUGUGGUGAUUCGAAAUGAUGAAUGGACUUGGGAACAGCUGUGCCAUUACUUAUAUAAAGAAAAAGCAUUUGACAAUAUUGUCAUAUCACCUGGACCUGGGACUCCAACAUGUGCAGCUGAUAUCGGGCUAUGUCUUCGCGUGCUACUUGAGUGCAGGGAUAUUCCUGUUCUUGGUGUUUGUCUGGGUCACCAGGCGAUGGCUUAUGUGCAUGGAGCUCGCAUUGUACAUGCAACAGAACCAGUACAUGGACGCUUGAGUGAGAUUGAACACGAUGGGUGCAGAUUGUUUAAGGAUGUACCUUCCGGCACAAAAUCUGGCUUCAAGGUGGUACGUUAUCAUUCUCUUGUUAUUGAUGCAGAAUCUCUACCGAAGGAACUCAUACCCAUUGCAUGGACUACUUCCAGUGGGACCCAUUCUUUCCUUGAAUCACAUAGCUCGAGUGCCCUUCCUCAUGAUUUAGACCCCCAGAAUAAGCAUGAUGAUGUUUAUGAUAAUCUUUCACCAGCAAUGCAAGAUAUGAGUUCUCCGUCUUCUAAUUGCACAGAUGAACUGGGAAGUAGACAAGUUAUCAUGGGCAUUAGGCAUUCUACUUGGCCUCAUUAUGGAUUGCAGUUCCACCCCGAGAGCAUUGCAACAUGUCACGGUAGAAAUAUUUUUGAGAACUUUAGGGAGAUCACUGAGGAUUAUUGGCAGAAAUUGAGUACAGCGUCUAUCAAUGGGCAUAGAAUUUGUUACACUGCACGUAUGCAGGUGCCAGAUGCUACUCAACUAUUUAAAGUUCCUAGGAGCAGGCAGGUGCUAUGUAAUGAAAGCGCUAAGCCAUUUGGAGAUGCUUCUUUAAGAAGAGAAUUAAAAGACGAUGCAGUUGACAACUGUGCUGGAAUGUCUAGUAGGCUGAACUCUGUGUCCGGCAUUGGUUGUAAUAAGCGUUUGAAACUGAAAUGGAGGAAAUUGGAUAAAUUUGCUGCAUGCGUUGGUGGAGCAAGAAAUAUAUUUUCUGGACUCUAUGGCGAGCUUGAAGCGAAGAAUACAUUUUGGUUAGACAGUUCAUCAGUAGAAAAGAAUCGAGCACGUUUCUCUUUCAUGGGAGGUGUAGGCGGAUCACUUUGGAAGCAAAUGACAUUCAAGUUGCCAGACCGGAGUGAUAAGGCUUUUAAAGGUGGAGGUUACUUAUCAAUUCAAGAUUCUCAAGGGUCUACCAAAAGCAUAUUUUUGGAGAACGGCUUUCUUGAUUUCUUAAAUCAGGAGCUCCAGUCAUAUGAUUAUGAUGAAAAAGAUUUUGAGGGAUUACCUUUUGAAUUUUACGGCGGAUACAUUGGUUACAUUGGGUAUGGUCUCAAAGUUGAAUGCAGCAGGCUAUCCAACAGACAUGAAUCUGCAACACCGGAUGCCUGUUUUUUCUUUGCUGACAACUUUGUAGUCAUUGAUCAUAGUACAGACGAUGUGUACAUAAUGUCAGUAAAUGAGGCAGGCACAAGCAGCUCAGAAUGGUUGGACGAUACUCAAAACAAGCUCCUCCACUUACACCCUACUGCUGCAGCUAAUGGAUCAAAUGGCAAGGCUCCGCAGUCUUCUACCACAUUUACUGCAGUCGAGGCUGGUUUUUGCGCUGAGAAAUCUAGAACGCAGUAUAUCGAAGAUGUUAAGAAGUGUCUGGACUACAUCAAAGAUGGCGAGAGCUACGAGUUAUGUUUCACUUCUCAGUUAAGGAAAACAGUAGGAGAUAUAGAUGCCUUGGGCCUUUACCUCCACCUGAGAGAGAAAAACCCUGCACCAUAUGCUGCAUGGCUCAAUUUCUCAAGUGAGGAUCUGUCCAUCUGCUGUUCUUCGCCAGAAAGGUUCCUUCGCUUGGACAGAGAUGGUGUGCUAGAAGCAAAGCCCAUCAAAGGCACGAUAGCUCGUGGCACAACAAAGGAACAAGAUGAACAACUUAAGCUUCAAUUACAGUAUAGUGAAAAGGAUCAGGCAGAGAACCUUAUGAUCGUGGAUCUUCUAAGGAACGAUCUAGGCCGUGUCUGUGAGCCGGGAUCUGUCCACGUUCCACGUCUCAUGGACGUGGAAUCCUAUGCGACAGUGCACACGAUGGUCAGCACCAUUCGAGGGCAAAAGAAGUCAAAUGUGAGUGCAAUAGACUGUGUUAAAGCUGCAUUUCCAGGGGGGUCAAUGACUGGUGCCCCGAAGUUGAGGUCGAUGGAGAUCCUGGAUGGUCUGGAGAGCUGUUCCCGUGGAAUAUACUCCGGUUCGAUCGGGUAUUUCUGUUACAACCAGACGUUUGACCUCAACAUUGUGAUCAGAACAGUGGUGAUUCAUGAAGGCGAAGCUUCUAUAGGAGCAGGGGGAGCCAUUGUCGCUCUUUCGAAUCCUGAAGAUGAGUAUGAUGAGAUGCUGCUGAAAACUCGAGCGCCAGCUCGGGCUGUGGUUGAGUUUGAACAGUGAGAACAUUGCCAGUGACUCUUAGCAGUUGUUGUUGUACGCUAUCCUGCUUUCCCUUCUUUUACAGUCACCAUUCUUUUUUACUAGUUACAGGCGUUUAUUACAGAAGCAUAGCAACACGUUGUUUCUUUUUUGACAGACAUAGCAGACACAUAAAAACCAUUCAGAUAAGGAACUCUUUUACUAUACAUGUAUGUGCCAUUCAUGAAAGUCUGUAGGUUGAGUAAUUGGUUUCCUUGGGGUCUAGUUGAAUGCACAUGAUCCUGAUUGGGCCAAUUUAAAAUGAGAACUCUAGUAAAGUUGGGUUACAUGA